AUGGAGGUGAUUAGCCCUAUCCUUACCGAAAGAAUGCGUCGCUUCAACGACGGCGACAUAAUGUUUAAUUUGAUGGCCGUUGUUGGUAAUAUGAUGGAUAAGUACACAAAAAGGCGAGAGGAGAUUCUUGAGGGUAAGGUUACAUUCCCAUCAACAGAUGCAAUGUAUGACGAAUUAGCUGUUGUUGAAAAUAAGAUCGAUGAGGAAGGACAUAAGCUUGACAUGUAUAGGAGAGAAAACGCUAGACGUCGUCACAAUUACCUGCCAUUCAUUGUCGAAAUGCUUCGCAUAUUAGCGAAGGAAGGUCGGCUUGUCCCAUUGGUUGAAAAGGCUCAAACGAAUGCGCGACAGCGACUAAGCCGUGAGAGCAAGCGACAACCUCAACCACAACAGCAGCAACCGCAACAGCAGAGCUGA